AAUGAGCAGCCGAUGAUUCAAUUUAUCUAAUCUAACUCCGAUGUGAUGAUUCCUCCUAAUGCAAAUAUCCUUAACAAAGGAUACAUUUUUAUGUACACAUCUAAAUCGUACCAGAAUUCAAAAGUUUGUUUUGAAGGGAGUUACAGAUUAAAGCAAUUUGCUGUUUCAAAUUGAUCCUUCAUUUUAGGAACUCAAGAGACGAGUCAGACAUCACUUAGUCACCAGAAAAGUGCAGGAGAUAUUCUCUCCUGAAUCUACUCUGAAAAAAAUACAAUUAAAGAUAAUGAAAGUAGGCAUGGGUGGUACGGUAGCUCCCAUGGAGUGCAAAAAUGAGUAUUAGUCCGUGUUUCCAUUUCAUUCAAUGAAUAGAAAGUCAGUCAGGACAAGAGAGCAAUCUAACAACAAAAGCCAACAGGGGCUCGUAGGAAGAAUAGAACUCCUUGGCUAUCGUGACGAUAGAGAACAACGGCAAUGGAGUUGCAGGGACUUAGCUCAUUAUCUCCUAGGAUGCCAUCAUCAUAUCACCAUAAAAGGUUGUCAUUAUCUUCCUCAUUCUUGGGCAGUAGAGUGGAAAAUCAGCAGCCCAACAGCAUAAUAUCGGGCGUUCAGUUAAGGAAGUCAAACAUUCCCACGAAAAGAUGUACCACUAUAUACCGAUUCUCGGUUAGUUCUAUUCUUGCGGAUGUAGCCGAAGAUUUCAUGACUUACCAGGCACCACUAUUUGCUACACCAGAAGCAGACCCCAAAACUGUAGCCUCCAUCAUAUUGGGUGGUGGAGCUGGGACACGACUUUUUCCACUUACUGAAAGAAGAGCUAAGCCCGCCGUACCAAUUGGGGGGUGUUAUAGACUGAUAGAUGUCCCAAUGAGUAAUUGCAUUAACAGUGGAAUUAACAAGAUAUAUAUCCUCACCCAAUUCAAUUCUCAAUCUCUCAACCGGCACAUAGCUCGAACCUAUAAUUUGGGAAAUGGUGUGCAUUUUGGUGAUGGUUUCGUGGAGGUUUUAGCUGCCACCCAAACGCCAGGCAAAUCAGGGAAGAAGUGGUUUCAGGGUACAGCAGAUGCUGUAAGACAGUUCAUCUGGUUGUUUGAGGAUGCUAAGCAUAGAAACCUAGAGAACAUACUCAUUUUGUCGGGUGAUCAUCUAUAUCGAAUGGACUAUAUGGACUUUGUGCAGCAUCACAUUGAUUCAGGUGCUGAUAUAUCAGUUUCUUGUCUUCCCAUUGAUGACAGUCGUGCCUCAGAUUUUGGGUUGGUGAAUAUUGAUGAAACAGGAAGGAUCAGACAGUUUCUGGAGAAACCCAAGGGUGAAAGUUUGAGAUCUAUGCAAGUAGACACAACUAUUCUUGGACUAUCAGGUCAAGAAGCGAAGAAUACCCCAUACAUUGCAUCAAUGGGUGUAUAUUUGUUCAAGACAGAUAUUUUAUUGAAGCUUCUCAGAUGGCAUUAUCCAGAGGCCAAUGAUUUUGGCUCAGAAGUAAUUCCAAUGGCUGCAAAAGAUUUUAAUGUUCAGGCAUAUUUAUACAGUGGCUACUGGGAAGAUAUUGGGACUAUUAAAUCCUUCUUUGAUGCCAAUUUAUCCUUGACUGAUCAGCCUCCCAAGUUCCAAUUCUAUGAUCCAUUGAAGCCAAUCUUCACAUCUCCCCGUUUUCUACCACCAACAAAAAUAGAGAAAUGCCAGGUAAAAGAUUCUAUAGUUUCCCAUGGAUGCUUUUUGAGGGAGUGCAGUGUGGAACAUUCCAUUGUGGGGAUUCGCUCAAGACUGGAGUAUGGUGUGGAGCUGAAGGAUACAAUGGUGAUGGGUGCUGACUAUUACCAAACUGAGGUGGAGAUAGCAGCUCUUUUGGCAGAUGGGAAAGUUCCAAUUGGCAUUGGAAGAGAUACCAAAAUAACGAAUUGUAUAAUUGACAAGAAUGCAAGGAUUGGAAAGAAUGUGAUAAUUGCAAACAAGGAUAAGGUGGAAGAGGCAGAGAAACCGUCUGAAGGAUUCUACAUUCGAUCUGGAAUUACGAUAGUGUUGAAAAAUUCUACAAUAAAAGAUGGGACGAUCAUUUAAAAAAGGAUAUGGCAGUGAAGAACAUUAGGAGUGCACAAAUGUGUAUAUACCACCAGUUCAUGCUGUUUUAAGGACUGAGUUAUGGAGCUUGGAAAUGAAGUUUAUCCAAAUUUUUCCUCUGUAUUUUGGCAGUUGAAAUUACUAAUGAAAUUAUAAGUAUUUGAAUUAUAGAAAAGCUAUCAAUAAUAUCUUAUUUUUAUCUCUCUUUGUA